AUCAAGGAGCAAGAAGAAAGUGAGGAUGAUCGUGAUCCCUAUAGGAGUCACUGUUCUACUACUAGGAGUAUGCCUAUUUUUGAUCUUAAAGAAAAGGAACUCCAAGGCACACGGGCGACGUGAUUCAAUUAAGAAAGACAGAGAAGAAAGUCAAAUAUACGACUCCAGAGAUAAUGAUCUAGACCUACCGUUGUUUAGUUUGUCCACACUGCUGAGUGCGACCAAUAACUUUUCAUUUAACAACAAGCUCGGCGAGGGUGGUUUUGGACCGGUAUAUAAGGGAUUUCUAGACGACGGACGGGAAAUUGCGGUGAAACGGCUCUCCGAUAGUUCCACACAAGGCGUUGAAGAGUUCAAGAACGAAGUAAUCGUCAUUUCCAAGCUUCAACACCGAAAUCUUGUCAGGAUUCUAGGAUGUUGCGUUGAAGGGCAAGAAAAGAUGUUGGUUUACGAGUACAUGCCUAACAAUGGGCUUGAUUUAUUUUUAUUUCAAGAAGCCAAGAGAAAAACGCUCAAUUGGACCCAACGAUUCCAUAUAAUCAAUGGGAUUGCUCGAGGUCUACUUUAUCUUCAUCAAGAUUCUCGGCUACGAAUCAUCCAUAGAGAUCUCAAAGCUGCCAACAUUUUGCUUGAUCGUGACAUGAAUCCGAAGAUAUCAGAUUUUGGCAUGGCGAGAAGUUUUGGAGGAAACGACAACGAAACAAAUACCAACAGAGUGGUCGGAACAUAUGGAUACAUGUCCCCAGAGUAUGCCGGAGAUGGGAUUUUCUCUGUAAAAUCAGACGUAUUCAGUUUCGGUGUGCUGGUUCUGGAGAUUGUAAGUGGGCAGAAAAAUAGAGGAUUCUUUCAUCAAGCGCACCAUCACAACCUCCUUGGACACGCAUGGAGGCUCUAUAAAGAAGAAAAGACUUCGGAAUUGGUUGAUGCUUCUCUCGAUGGGUCAAUGUUUGAAGUUCUACGAUCGAUCCAUGUGGCUUUAUUAUGCGUCCAGAAUAACCCGGACGACCGACCAACCAUGUCUACGGUGAUUAUGAUGUUGAGCAGCGAUGGUCCACUUCCGAUACCAAGACAACCUGGUUUUUAUACAGAAGACACUAAAUUUGGACCGGAGAAUUCUGCUAGCAUGCAAACAGAUAAGUCGAAUAACGAAAUUACGAUUACACUUUUAAACCCUAGAUACUCCAUGAAAAUGGAAGCAACCUUCAUCUUCGUCUUCUUCAUCACUUUUUCUUUCUAUUCAUUGUUAAUUUCUAUUACGGCAGCAGCAGACACCAUAGCUGUGAAUCAAACCAUUAGAGAUGGUGAAACCAUUGUUUCACCCCAACAGACCUUCGAGCUCGGCUUCUUUACCCCUGGAAACGCCACCCAAAACCGAUACUUAGGUAUCUGGUACAAACGGCAAGCCACCGGCACCGUUGCAUGGGUUGCCAAUAGAGAAAUUCCGAUAAGAAACAACUCCGGCGAACUCACUCUCCAUUCCGACGGAGUUUUGGUGCUUCGUGACUCCACCACCAACACAAUCGUUUGGUCAACCAGUUCACCUGGAACAACCACUGGAAACCCGGUGGCGAGGCUAUCGGACAGUGGGAAUCUUGUGGUCGUCAACGAUGACAAUGAACCAGAAAACUACAUUUGGCAGAGUUUCGAUCACCCUGGAGAUACCGUUUUACCGGGAAUGAAGUUUGGAAGGGAUCUGGAAAAGGGUAUAGUGACAAAUGUGACGUCAUGGAAGAGUGUUGAUGAUCCUUCUCAAGGUACGUUUAUGGUUUAUAUGGAUUUCAAUGGAUGCCCACAGAUAUUUAUAAAAGAUGGAGAUGUCAUCCAGCAUAGACUUGGAAUAUGGAACGGUAUUGGGUAUACUGGCAUGCCAACUUUAAAGACGAAUAAUCCCAUAUUCACAUAUGAAUAUGUUUCUAAUGAAAAUGUUACUUACUCGGUUUUUAAUCUGAUUAACGCAUCAGUUCUUACUAAAACGACGAUAAAUCCAUCGGGAGAUCUUGGCUGGUUUAAUUGGAUCGAUAGAACCCAUGGAUGGUUUCUUUAUUUGACACCGGCUGGAGAUAACUGUGCUCGAUACGCGUUGUGUGGGGUUUACGGACGCUGUGAUAUCCAGCAGUCGCAAUCAUGUGAAUGUUUGAGAGGUUUUACACCAAAAAGGCCCGAUCAAUGGGAUAUAUCGGAUUGGAGCGACGGGUGUCAAAGGGAAAUACCGUUGAAUUGCUCUUUUGGCGAAGGGUUUCGUAAGUAUUCAUCUAUGAAGUUGCCGGAUACUCGACAAUCGUGGUACGAUACGAAUAUGAGCCUCGAGCAAUGCCGGGUGAAGUGCAGAAAUGAGUGCAAUUGUACGGCUUAUACCCAAUUGGACAUCAAGUAUAACACUGGUUGUUUGCUAUGGUAUGAUGAAUUGAUCGAUAUGAGGACAUUUCCAAAUACUGGACAAGAUAUAUACAUAAAGAUGGCUGCUGCAGAAUUAGAUAUGAAGGUUUCAAGAAAAAAGAAACAAGUGGUGGUAAUUGCGAUCCCUGUAGCAGUGGGAUUGGGAAUUCUACUGGGAGUAUGUUUGUUGAUCAUAAGGAAGAAGAUGAACAAGAAGCUCAAGGGACAAGUUUCAGUAACUCAGGAUCCAAUUGAACCAAAAGACGUUAUCAACGUCCCGUUGUUCAAGUUGUCCGCGUUGCUAGUUGCGACCGACAACUUCUCGUUGAAUAACAAGCUUGGCGAGGGAGGUUUCGGACCGGUUUACAAAGGAUUUCUAGAGGACGGACAAGAAAUUGCAGUGAAACGGUUAUCUACUAAUUCGUUGCAAGGCGUUGAAGAGUUCAAGAACGAAGUUACGUUCAUUUCCAAUCUUCAACAUCGGAAUCUUGUCAAGAUUCUAGGAUGUUGCGUUGAAGGGCAAGAACAGAUGUUAAUUUAUGAGUACAUGCCUAAUAAAGGCCUCGACUUGUUUCUUUUUGAUGAAACCAUAAGCAAAACACUCGGUUGGUCACAACGAUUCCAUAUAAUCAAUGGCAUUGCUCGAGGUCUACUUUAUCUUCAUCAAGAUUCUCGGCUACGAAUCAUCCAUAGAGAUCUCAAAGCUGCCAACAUUUUGCUUGAUCAUGACAUGAACCCAAAGAUAUCAGACUUUGGCCUUGCAAGAAGCUUCAGAGGAAACGAAACCGAAACAAAUACCAUAAGAGUGAUGGGAACAUAUGGGUACAUGUCACCGGAGUAUGCAGGAGACGGGAUCUUCUCAGUUAAAUCAGACGUAUUCAGUUUCGGUGUUUUAGUGUUGGAGAUUACGAGUGGGAAGAAAAAUAGGGGAUUCUCUCACGAAGAUCAUAACCACAACCUUCUUGGACAUGCAUGGAGACUUCAUAGAGAAGGGAAGGCUUUGGAACUAGUCGAUGAAUCCUUAAUCGAAACAGGUCACACAUUUGAAGUGUUGCUCUCCAUCCGUGUGGCUUUACUAUGCGUUCAACACGACCCACGAGAUAGACCCAACAUGUCUACCGUGGUAAUGAUGCUGAGCGGUGACGAGAGUCGGUUGCCAGAACCGAAACAACCUGGUUUUUAUAAAGAAGAUGAUAGAUUUGGGCCCGAGAAUUCAUCUAGCAUGCAAACACAGAACUCGAACAACGAUGUCACCAUCACACUUAUGGACGCUCGGUAA